UUGGUCAUCACCAAUCAUCCUCAUCGCCAACCAUCAUCCUCCUCCUCAAACUUCAAAGUCUUCUCUCAGAAAAAAUCUCAACAAUGGCAUCGACUUUUCUCUCAAAGCACAGCUUUCUCUUCUCUCUCCUCCUUUUCUUCUCCCAUCCAUCCUUCUCAACUGCAUCACCAUCAAAAGCAUCUUCUUUGACUGCCAACAUAUCACCGAGGACACAAGCGGAGAAGCUCAUUAGAGGGUUCAACUUGUUCCCCAAAGAAACUGUUAAUAUUGAAGCUGGUGAUGUCGAUUCUUCUUCUUUGAAUUCCGGUGGGAAGAUAGUCGAGAGGCGCUUUGAGCUCCCGCUUCUCGGCGAGUCCGGGUCAUCCAUUCAGGACCUGGGUCACCAUGCCGGGUAUUACCGGCUUCCGCACUCCCAUGCAGCAAGGAUGUUCUACUUCUUCUUCGAAUCGCGGAGCAGCGCAAAUGAUCCGGUGGUGAUAUGGUUAACCGGAGGGCCUGGUUGUAGCGGUGAAUUGGCACUGUUCUAUGAGAAUGGCCCUUUCCAUAUUGCCAACAACUUGUCUCUUGUGUGGAAUGAUUACGGUUGGGACAAGGCGUCGAAUCUCAUCUUCGUCGACCAGCCUACUGGGACCGGUUUUAGUUACUCUUCUGAUGAGCACGAUGUUCGGCAUGACGAGCAGGGUGUCAGCAAUGACUUGUACGACUUCUUGCAGGCAUUCUUUGCAGCGCAUCCUCAACUUGUCAAGAAUGAUUUUUACAUAACUGGAGAAUCGUAUGCUGGGCACUACAUUCCAGCUUUUGCUGCUCGUGUUCACCAAGGGAACAAGGCAAAGGAAGGAAUUCUCAUAAACCUGAAGGGGUUUGCAAUUGGCAAUGGCCUAACCGAUCCUGAGAUCCAGUAUGAAGCAUACACAGAUUAUGCUCUAAACAUGAGGUUAAUCACACAGGCCGAUCACGACAGCAUAAACACAAUGCUCCCAGAAUGCAAACGGGCGAUUAAGCAGUGUGUUACCGACGGUGGAAAUGCUUGUGUGACUUCAUAUGUAGAUUGCACCAGUAUUUUCAAUAAGAUCAUGGACAUUGCCGGGUACAUCAAUUACUAUGAUAUUCGAAAGAGCUGUGAGGGAGACCUGUGCUACGACUUCUCAAACUUGGAGACAUUCCUGAACCAAAAGACUGUGAGAGAUGCUUUAGGGGUCGGAAAUAUAGAGUUCGUGUCGUGCAGCAGUACUGUGUAUGAUGCCAUGCUCACGGAUUGGAUGAAGAAUCUUGAAGCGGGUAUCCCUGCGCUUCUUGAGGACGGGCUGAAGGUGCUCAUUUAUGCCGGUGAAUACGAUCUCAUCUGUAAUUGGCUUGGGAACUCCAACUGGGUUCAUGCCAUGGAGUGGUCUGGUCAAAAGCAGUUUGGAGCAUCUACUACUGUUCCAUUUGUCGUCGAUGGUGCCGAGUCAGGAUUGAUGAAAAGCCAUGGACCACUUACUUUCUUGAAGGUUCAUAAUGCGGGGCACAUGGUUCCGAUGGAUCAGCCGAAAGCUGCACUACAGAUGCUAAAGAGCUGGAUGGCAGGCAAAGUUGCCAUGGCUGGUGCAGAUAGCGAGAUUGCUCCUUCAUGAAUGGAGAGUGCCAACAGUACCCGCCAUUUAUAUCUUGUUCAUAUACGUUGGACAUGAACCAUGUACAUCCCCAAAGUACAGGAUACAAGAAAAGUUUGAGGAAAAAAGAAACGAUAGGCAACAAUAGAAGAGAGUUAAUUUUUAAGAUAGUUCAAUACUACAGCUUUACGGACGGUACACUUGUAUGUUACAUUUCAAAAUUCAUCAAAUCGACAGAAACUUCUGGUUCCUAAGAUGCCGAUAAGUUAGCCCUGCAUAACUCGAAUGCAUGAUUCUCAGUGUGGCGAACGACAUGCCUCGUCUAGCUUCAAAAGAAUAGUUGAUUGUAUGGGGAAAACACCAUAAUCAAAUAGAACAUAAACACAAUUCAGGAUUC